AUGGCUAUUGCAGCAGUUAUUGGACUGAAUGGAGGAAAGAGGCUAUUGAGUUCAUCUUACCAUUACUCAGAUAUUGUAGAAAAGUUUUCUCAUGCCUCUGACUUUGCCUCCACACAGUAUCACCUUCCUUCUUCAAAAUCUCCUCCAAUACUUGCAAAGAAAUUAUCAAAGUCUCCUCCAACUUCUCCACCAUCUCAAAGCCACGAUCACUCCAUCAAAGCUCUUAAGGAACAUGCUGUUACAGAUUCAGAACAAUGCUUUCAGGGAUACACUUCUAUUGACAUAGACGUGGCAAAUUAUUCUUUGGAGGCUCUUCUUUUGCUGCAGAAGUCAAUGCUGGAAAAACAAUGGGGUCUUUCUUUUGAAAGGGAAAAAAUCCGGAGGAAGGUGGCAGUCACUUGUUCUGGUGUUUCAGCCAGGCAAAGAAGAAUCAAUAGCAAAAGGAAGAUCACUUCUAAAAGUGCUUCCUCAAUGAUGCACCUGAGGUCCACAAUCAGUCCCGAACUCAUUCAAAACCGUUUUAAGGGGUAUGUCAAAGGUGUAGUGAGUCAGGAAUUGCUCUCUCAUGCUGAAGUUGUAAAGCUAUCUGUGAAAAUAAAAGCUGGCCUUUCCUUAGAUGAGCAUAAAUCCAGACUGAAGGAAAGAUUAGGAUGUGAACCUUCUCAUGAUCAAGUUGCAACUUCGUUGAAGAUUUCCCGUGCUGAACUACGAGCUAAAAUAAUAGAGUGCACUUUAGCAAGAGAAAAGUUGACUAUGAGCAAUGUUCGCUUAGUUAUGUCCAUUGCUCAAAGAUAUGAUAAUAUGGGAGCUGAAAUGGCUGACCUUGUCCAGGGUGGUUUAAUUGGAUUACUUGGCGGGAUUGAAAAAUUUGACUCUUCAAAAGGGUGCAAGAUUUCAACUUAUGUUUAUUGGUGGAUACGGCAGGGUGUUUCAAGAGCUCUAGUUGGGAACUCAAGAACAUUAAGAUUGCCAACUCAUUUGCAUAACAGGUUAUAUUUGAUCCGCAAUGCCCAGAAUAGACUUGAACAGAGAGGCGUCACUCCAACUAUUGAUAAAAUUGCAAAAUGCCUUAAUAUAUCUCAAAAGAAAGUUAGUAAUGCUACCGAGGCUAUCAGCAAAAUUUUCCCCCUUGAUAGGGAGCCAUUCCCCUCUCUGAAUGGUCUUCCAGGAGACACUCAUCAUAGUUACAUUGCAGAUAAACAACUUGAGAACAUCCCAUGGAAUGGAGUACAUGAGUGGGCUCUAAAGGAGGAAGUGAAUGGACUCAUUAAUGCGACCCUUGUGGAACGAGAGAGAGAAAUUGUUUGUCUUUAUUAUGGACUGAAUAAAGAAUGUAAAGAAUGUCUUUCGUGGGAAGACAUAAGUAAACGGAUAGGUUUGUCGAGAGAAAGAGUAAGGCAAGUUGGACUUGUUGCAUUGGAGAAACUAAAACAUGCCGCAAGGAAGAGGGAGAUGGAAGCCAUGCUUUUGAAGCAUUGA